CCGAAACACCAAUUAUCGUUGGAGAUUCUUACGCUGGGCAUAGAAAGGACAAAAGAUCGAAAGAUGAGCGUUGCUCUGGUGACGAUGGACUCUGCGUACGGUCUUCGACUGGGAAUCGGUGGUCACCAUCACCAUCAUCACCACCACUCUCAUCGAGUGAGAUCCCCUGACAACCACGUGGUCCCUCAUCAAGAACAACAACAAGACCACAAGGACAUCGAAACGCCCUUGAGAUUCAGCGUGGUGAACAUUCUGAGACCGGACUUCGGUCGGGAGGCGAUCCUCAACACGAAAGCACCGAAGCAACCCACUCUGACGACCGGACACUCAACGACGAUUCCGAUUCCGAUCCCGCGACACAGUCCUCUGUCGUUGCCGCGAGAUCUGAGUUUAUCCUCGAACAGAUUGUCGCCCACGAGGCCUCAGGCGACCAGCUUCUCGGUGCACAGAGACAGGGAUCUGUUCUCGACCCACUGCGGAUUGACGUCGCCUCUGCAGAGGAACAGCGGCCUUAGCAGAAGCGGAAGUCUCGAAAGUUUGGCCAGCAGCAGGAGUUCCGUCACUGGAAGUUCGGUGACCGGAGCACCAACUUUGGGCUCCACGUCGUCCACCAUCAGCGGCGAUUCCCUCAGCGGGGACAGCAACUCUGGCAGCACAGCUAGCACAGCCUCCAGUCAACAGAGCGCGCUCAACAGUCAGAGUCGUUGGCCCGCGUGGGUCUACUGCACCAGAUACUCGGACAGACCGUCCUCCGGUCCACGAACGCGGAGGGUAAAACGGACGCAAAGCGCCAGCAAGGCGGCCUCCCCCGAUGAGAAGAGACCCAGGACCGCGUUCAGCGCGGAACAAUUGGCCAGGUUGAAGAGAGAAUUCGCGGAGAACCGAUACCUCACGGAAAGAAGAAGACAACAACUCUCGAGGGACCUGGGUUUGAACGAGGCUCAGAUCAAGAUCUGGUUCCAAAACAAGAGGGCGAAAAUCAAGAAAGCCAGUGGCCAGAAGAACCCUUUGGCGCUUCAGUUGAUGGCUCAGGGCCUCUACAACCACUCGACGGUGCCCGUGGACGAGGAUGGCGAGGAAAUCGUGACAGGGUCCAAUCAUUCUCACUAA